GUGCCCCGGUGUAUCCCGGUGUGCCCCGGUGUAUCCCGGCGUGCUUUGUGGCGUUAGGCCGCGCUGUUUCCGUGCUGCUCGGGCCGUGAGGCGGCGGCGGCGGCGGCGAUGGCGCAGGGCCAGCCCAAGGCUGUGGCCAAGCGGCCAAAGGGAGCAGCGGCGGCGGCGGCGGCCCGGGGGAACCGGGGCCCGCGGAAGGGAGGCCGCACCAUCGCCCCGAAGAAGCUCCGCGUGGUGCAGCAGCAGAAGCUGAAGAAGCGCCUGGAGGUCGGGAUCCGGAUGAGGAUCGAGCGGGAGACGGUGCAGCGAGCCCAGGGCAGCCUCCCCAAACAGCUGGCGCUGGUCACGGCACCGGCCCCCAGCAAGGACAGAGCCAAGAAGGGCCGGGGCUGAGCCCCACCGGGGAACAACCCCCGAACCCACCGGGGAACAACCCCUGAACCCACCGGGGAACGACCCCUGAACCCACCGGGGAACAACCCCUGAACCCCCACCGGGGAACGACCCCUGAACCCCCACCGGGG